UGUACACAACAUGGCUGACAGCGGGUGGGUUCGAUAGCAAAAUAUUGACAUAUACAAGUUUGUUCUGUGACCGAAAAGUUUAUCAUUGACAAGGUUAUACAAACGAUUUAAAUCAUGGCAGAAUCAAACGAAAUCGCGAAUGAUAUGGAGUCAUCAAAUAGUAUUGAAGAAGAUGGCGAGAACUUUGACGAAAAUAAAUUGGCUAGGGACGGAAUCAACAUGAUGCUAAACAACAAGUUUGACGACGCCUUUCAACUGUUUCAGAAGUACAAGGAAGACAGUCCAUUGAUGCAAGGAGGAUACAGCUUUGUUUUUUUCAUGCAAGGACUGAUGUCUUACGAGGAAGAGCAGAUGGACAAAGCCCUGAAGGCUCUCGAGGAAACAGAGAAGAAAUGUGAAGUCAGUGACGGCUUUGUCAAGUCCAUCAGGAAAAAACUGUCGAAGAAAAAAAAAGAUAAGACUGCUGUAAGUGUUGAGGAAAGAAUUCAGCGUCAGGUGAUUGUCGGGGACUCACUGCUGUAUCAGUCCAUUCUCGUGUUCACCGGUCAGGACAUUCCAAGCUACAUAAAGGGGGGCUGGCUCCUUCGCAAGGCUUGGAAAAUCUACGAAAAACUCUACAAAGAGAUCACUAGUCUAAGAGAUAAAUCAAAGCUCAAAAAAUCUGAAUCAAAAUCCAGUAUUUCAAAUUCCAGUAUGUCUUCCGAGGGUCCUAUUGAUGGAAAUGAUAACGAAAUUCCGUCAGAUGUGCUUGAGAGGCUGCAAGGUGCUGUGAACUUUGGUUAUGGGACUUUCCAGAUUUGUGUGUCAAUGAUACCACCCAAGAUAAUCAAGAUAAUAGAGUUUCUAGGUUUUGAAGGAGAUAGAGUUCUCGGGCUCAAGUCUCUGGAGUUUACCUGUAACUCAGACGCAAUGAAUGCCCCACUUGCAACGCUGGGACUUCUAUGGUACCACACAGUUUUACGACCUUUCUUCGCUCUAGAUGGCGCUAAUGGAUAUGAUGCAGGUUGUGUGGAAGCAGAGAACCUGAUCAAAGCGAAGCAGGCAACAUUUCCCAACUCCUGUCUUUUCCAUUUCUUCCAAGGGCGAGUACAUAGGCUAAGGAAGCAGAUGGACCUAUCUCUGAAACUGUACAACGAAGCUUACAAGUCCGCAGACGGACAGAAGGAACUGGAGCUGAUGUGUCUUUAUGAGAUUGGCUGGUGCAACAUGAUGAGACUGAACUGGCGCGAGGGACUCGCCGCUUUUACGAGAUUAAGGCAAGAUACCAAGUGGUCCAAGUGUUAUUACACAUACAUGGAAGCAGUCUGCCUGGGAAGUAUGGGGGACACCAAGGGUGCUAACGACUUGUUCAAGAUGGUUCCCGGAUUACUGAAAAAGAAAAACAAUCAGAUUGAGGCAUACGUUUCUCGUAAGGCAGAGAAAAUAGUGAAAAUCUUGCCAUCCCAAGAGUACUGUCGACUGCUCACGCUCGAACUAGUCUUCCUGUGGCACGCGCUACCAACUCUCACACCUGAGGAGCUCAAACCAUUCCAUGAUGUAUGUGACAUGCAGACAGACCCACGGACAUUCCAUCUCAAAUGCCUCCUGGAGGGCGCCAUCUUCCAUCAGCUCGGGGAAGAAGAAAUGGCAAUGCAGUGCCUGGAUGAGUCACUGGCCCGACACUCAGGUAUGAAGGACGAGCUUCAUGUUCCUCCCUUUGCCAAGUUUGAAAUGGCAUCCAUCUACAUGAAGAAACCAGAGACUGUUGGAAAAGCCAAAUCUCUUCUCACAGAAAUUAAGGAGAAGCAUAAAGAUUACGACUUUGAAAACCGUCUGGUCGUGAGAGUUAACAAUGCCCUCAAACAGAUGAAGUCAGAGAAAGCCUAAACAUGUAUCAGCAGAUUGUUGCUCAUAUCGAUCAAAAUUAUCAUACCUCGCCAAAACAAACUUUCUGGGUUGAGUAUAAAAGAGUUUUUCUGCCAGUCAGUCUGUCAAUCUUAUCUGUAUGAUAACAGAAAUUAAGAGAAUUUUGAUACACACGGUUAAUAUUAUAUAAAGUACAGUCAUGUUAACUUCAGCAUUGGUUACAAUCCAUCAAUGAUUUACAGAGUUUUUUCUUUUCAAAGAAAUAAUUUACCAUUCCUGUGACCAGACAGCCUGUGUGUUUAUUUAAACUGUUUAGAAAAUGAACAAGUAGUAUGUUGUUUAAUUACAGUAUACUUAGUGAUAUUGUACGCUUAACUUGUUGGGUGAAAUUUGUAUCUAGAUGUUAGCAUACUAAAUUUAGUAUAAAUUGUUGCAAAAAUACCACUUUGUUUUAAUUCUGUAUGUUGUACAGUAUUCACUAAGGUAUUAAGUGUUAACAAAGGAUAAACGAUGUUCAGUGUUGAAACUACUUUUAUGAUGAAAAAAUAUUGAGUUGUUUUUCAACUACCAGUAGUUGCCCAUUAUUUGGUACUUUAAACCAUGGGAAAAAAUGCUUUACAAUGCAAAAACAAUCACAUCCAAAAUAUUGCAUGUUGAUGUUCAGGCCCCAAUUUCUUGAAAAACUUCUCAAGUCCCUUAUAACAGGAUUUAGCUAAUCUCACUAUUUUUGUUGUUCUAUAAAAUGUGUUAUAUUUACUUCUUCAAGAUUUUUUAGAAAUUAUGAAGGAAUAAUCUGUCUGAUUAUAUGAAUAAACCAUUUUUCAAUUAUCAAAAUCAAUUUUCAGUAUGUAUUUUGGCUAUUUGAAAUAAGCGACUUAAGCCUGUUAAGCUUAAGAAGUUUCGAGAAAUUGGGGCCCGAUGUUGAAGGUUUAAGGGUUUGGAUAUAUUCAGAAUGAUUUUUUAAAUAAAGAUUAGGUAGUGAAAUGUUUAUUGUACUUAAAAGUAGACCAUGUUCAAUUUUCAUAACUCGACUUGAAUUGCAGUGUUAUGUAGGGACCAAAACAUUAGAUAGCUGAUUAUAUGGAGAACUUAUAGGGAACAUUUCAUAAUUUCUAAAUGUGAUUUUUCUGCUUACAUUAUAUUCAUUUACAAAUAUGUAUUUUUUUAUGUUUUUCUGGAUCAAAAAACUGCUACAGAUAUUAUUAUUAACCUUUGUAUUUAUGUUCACUAUGACAAUGAUCAUAUUCAGCAUUACCCAUAACUGUAUCUUAUUAUUUGUUUGGUUAUGUCUUAAAGCUGCACUCUCACAGAUUGGCCGUUUCGACAACUCUUUUAUUAUUUGUCUUGGAACGAGCCAAUUUAUGCGAAAAUGACAAAAAUUAGAUCGCAAAUUUUAUUGAAGUUAUAUGCAUUUUUCUUAAACCGGUAGUAACGCUUUUUUAAAAGCUAAAAACCUUGAUUUAUGAACGCAAUUCUGAAUAUCUGCUAUCUGUCCUUUUGUCAGCAGUCUUGUUUCACUGGUUUGCAGAUAUUUGCGCAAAAAAUUCUCAUUCUAUUUAAUUUUAAAGAUAAAAAAUAAAAGUUAUAAAAACAGUAUAUCUGUGAGAGUGCAGCUUUAGCUGGUCAAAAAUGUGUAUAAAAUGGCCCUUAUUUGUGAUACUCUAGUUGAUUGAAAGAAACAUUGCUUCAUGAAGGCAAAGAGUGUUUUAUCUAUAAUGUUUAUCCGUGUGUUUUGAUCUCUCGAUUGCUGUUGCUUUUUGUGUGAUAAAAGAAUUGUCUUCUUUUUAGUUUGAAAUUUGCUAAAUCUGUUUACUAUUUGUGUUUUGAUACAUGUAAGAUUAUUAUAUUUUGGAAGAAGGUAAUUGCUUGUGAUAUAUUUUGUUGUAUGUUGACAGUUAUUGAAAGAAAACCAUGACAUUGUUUCAAAACUUGAGAUUUAGAAUUUUCAAUUAAAUUGGGGAAUUCGUAAAUAUGGGGAAAAAUCUGAUUCAGUAUUUAAAAAAAAGAUAGUCUGAUGACUCUGAUUUUGUUUAAAUGGAGAUUUAUCUUUUAUUCAGAAUGUUUGUUCAGUACUCAUACCUUCAAUGUUUUAUUUGCAUGUGCUGGGUUCCCUCUGGAUUUCCUCGCAAAUGGGGACAAUGGUGUUUGCCAGCGGGAACCCUGCUUGUGUACAUGUUUUUGCCUUUAAUUCGAUUAUUGGAAUACAUAUACCUUUUCUCUCACUUUUGGUUGUAAUUUUAAUGCUUAGAUUUGUUUAUAAAUCCAUUUCAAUUAAAUGAAUUCGGUUGUCUUUUCACAAUGUCUUAAAUUUUGUAGGACUUUAGGGUCUAUUUGCACAUUUUGAAGCUUUGCUUUAUCCAAUGAGAAGUGGUUCUCUGAACUGUCCAUUUUGAGAUGUGUAAGCGAGAAGAUUCUUAGUGGCAUUAUUUAAAGGAGUAGAUACACCUUUUCCCUUUAUACCAUUUCCUCAUUUCAUUAAUCAUGAUGGCAAAACAUAUUUUUAUGUUACAAAUUCGAUACAUAUAAGUUGUUCCAUGUUGUAUUAUUUGCUUUCUAUUUUACUAAUGGUUGUAGUUCCUUAUGAGAAUUUUUCUCUUUUUCUGAAGUUUACUUCAUGAGAUUUUUUUGGCUUCUGGAAUAAAUUGAUUUUGUAAAAUUUCUGGAUUUUUUUUGGGUCAGUGUUGGUUUAUUUUUGGACUAUGACUUUGAUUAUUUCUGGUUUAUUUUUUUAGAUAUCUCACAGAAUUUGUCAUUGUUUUCAAAAACAAUGCAAUCUAGUUUUAAAUCAAAUGAAAAAUCAAACAAUAAAUAUAGCUAUAAUAUUUAUUCAAAGCUCAUUUAUAUAUUUCUAUCUUGUGAAAUGAUUUUUACAGCAUGUUGACAAUAGUCUAUUUUUAGAAUGUGUAAUUUACUAGUCUACUAGUACUUUCUUUGGACUUGAAUUAUAUUCAUAAUACAAUUACCCAUUGCUUGCUUUUCUUAGUAAUUGCAAUUCCAAAAUAUAAUGAUUAAUUUUCUGUAAAAGGUGCAUUUUUUCUAUGUUAACUCAUGUACCAGAUUUUUUUGUUGGUUAAUGUAUAUGACCAAUCUAUUUUGUGACUGUUGAGUGUGUCAUUAUUAUAACUGUUGAGUGUGUCUUUAUUUUUGUGUUCUGUAAUCUUUCCCAAUUCUCAACAUUGUGCCAAAUCUUAUUCAUAAAUAGUUUCUCAUUUUUGUUGUUGAUAUAUUAAACCAACACCACAGUGGUAUAUUUAUAUAAUGUUAAUUAAACUAUUUUUCUCUAUUGGGUGCCUUCCAUAAGAUGUCAAUAGUGUCUUUGAAUGCACGAAAGAUGGUAGAUGCACAUAUAUUUGUUCUUGAAUGUAAAAAGCAGAUCUGUACUCUUUCUAAUGUAAAGUGCAGAUCCGUGUUCUUGUGAAUGUAAAGUGCAGAUCUGUGUUCUUGUAAAUGCAAAGUGCAGAUCUGUGUUUUUGCAAAUGUAAAGUGCAGAGCUGUGUUUUUGCGAAUUAAAGUGCAGAUCUGUGUUUAUGCGCAUGUUAAGUGCAGAGCUGUGUUUUGGGGAAUGUAAAUUGCAGAUCUGUGUAAUUGCAGAUUUUAAAGUGCAGAUCUGUGUUCUUGCGAAUGUAAAGUGUAGAGCUGUGUUUAUGCGAAUGUAAAGUGCAGAUCUGUUUAAUUGCAGAUUUUAAAGUGCAGAUCUGUGUUCUUGCGAAUGUAAAGUGCAGAGCUGUGUUAUUGCAUAUGUAAAGUGCAGAUCUGUGUUGUUGCAAAUGUAAAGUGCAGAUCUGUGUUAUUGCAGAUGUAAAGUGCAGUUCUGUGUUUUUGCAAAUGUAAAGUGCAGAUCUGUGUUCUUGCAAAUGUAAAGUGCAGAGCUGUUUUCUUGCAAAUGUAAAGGGCAGAUUUGUGUUUUUGCAAAUUAAAAAUGCCCUUGACUUUACUAAGGAGUGAAAUCCCAUUUCCUUUUUCAUGGUCAGCUUCCUAAAAUACCAUGAACAGCAUUUAAAACAUAAAUAAAAGGCCCCUAAAUUUGACUCUCCAUUCACUUUGCUUCCAUUCUUGAUUUCGCUUGGAAUUGUGUCGCGCUUUGCUGUUAUCAAGUAAUUCUGGUUGAGUUGAAAGGCACUGUUGUGCAUUUAUGUCACUUAUUUUUACCGAGUGGUUGUUGAAGGCACCCGAUAUGUUUGUCCAUAUACAAAUACUUUGAUAAGAUUGCGUGCUAGUUCAAACAUAAAAACAAUACUUGUAGUCAUCAGUUUUCAUUGAAACCAUUUUAAACAAGUACAUUUAAAAUUAUUGAUUUUAUAGGAUAUUCAAAGGUUAUACCAAUAGUAUUACAUGAAAGAAAUGUUCUUGAAGUCUUUAUUUGAAAUAAAUAAAUUGUAUUUUCUUGUCUGUUUUUUGAGGAUUUUUAAAAAACCUGUGUCUUCAGCAUGCAUUACAUGUGUCAAAAUUAUAACUAUGAACCCUUCGAGAUAUUAACAUAAAACAACAUGUUUGGAACUAAUGACAAUAUGCUGGCUUGUAGCAAGUCAAAUAAAUGGUUUUAAUGAU